CGGAAUUUCCAAACUCCUCUCGCUUUAUCCACGAAGAGAGCAAAGCAGUGAAGCAUAGACUCAAGUAAACAUGCUUUCCCCAAUCCACCAUCCCACUGCCUCAUUCCAGUUCCUCUGGCGGCCCUCGUUACCAAAACACAGGUGUUGUAGUUCAAGAGGUGGGUUAUGUGAUAUUGCAAGGAAACCAAGACCAAAAACAAUGAUUUUUGCGAGCCGCGAAGGUAACCCAGAAGUGGGUCUUCAAGUCGGGGAGCGGCUCUAUCUUGGAAUGGACUUUGGGACGUCUGGUGCUAGGUUUGCGCUCAUAGACAAGCGAGGGACAAUUCACGCUGAAGGAAAGAGGGAGUAUCCGCUAUAUAAGAGCAAAGACACAAUAGAUUGGAUAGAUUCUUGGAAAUCAACGCUUCUCUCACUGCUUGAAGAUGUUCCAUUUCAUCUUCGCCAGCUUAUUGCUUCCAUUUCCAUUGAUGGGACUUCUGCAACUACUAUAAUUAUAGACAGCACGACAGGAGAACCAUUGUGGAGACCUUUCCUCUACAAUGAGAGCUGUUCUGAUGCUUUACCGAAAGUAAAGUCUAUUGCUCCUGAAAACCAUACAGUUUGUGCCGGGUCCUCGACUCUGUGUAAGCUCGUCUCAUGGUGGAAUGUUUUCGAUUCAAAUAAAGAUUCUGCAGCAUUGUUGCAUCAAGCAGAUUGGCUGUUGUGGCUUCUUCAUGGAAAUCUUGGAGUGACCGAUUACAAUAAUGCUUUGAAGGUAGGAUAUGAUCCUGAACUCGAGUCAUAUCCACCCUGGUUGCUCUCACAGCCGUAUUCUAAACUUCUGCCUUCUGUCAAAGCUCCCGGAAGUCCAAUUGGCUUUUUAAAAGAGGACGUUAGAACACAAUAUGCUUUUCCAAAAGAUUGUGUUGUAUGCACUGGAACCACUGAUAGUAUAGCCGCCUUUCUUGCUGCUCGCGCAACACAACCAGGGAAAGCUGUCACUUCUUUGGGUUCAACCCUUGCUAUAAAAUUACUGAGCACCAGUAGGAUCGAGGAUGCACGAUAUGGGGUGUAUAGUCAUCGUCUUGAUGAUAAGUGGCUAGUUGGAGGUGCUUCAAAUACUGGUGGAGCUGUUCUUCGACAAAUUUUUAAUGAUGAGCAGUUGGAGAACUUAAGUGAACAGAUUAAUCCCAUGAAAACUUCUCCACUAGACUACUACCCUCUGCCAACGGUUGGAGAGAGAUUUCCCAUGGCAGAUCCAAAGAUGGCUCCUAGGUUACAUCCACGGCCAGAAAGUGAUGUUGAGUACUUGCAUGGGAUUUUAGAAUCAAUUGCACGUAUCGAGGCAAAGGCUUAUGGCUUGCUGAAGGAACUAGGAGCAACCCCAGUUGAAGAGGUGUUCACGGCUGGAGGUGGAGCAAAAAAUGGGAAAUGGACCAAGAUACGCGAGAGAGUACUUGGUUUGCCUGUGAGCCGGGCAAUUCAGACAGAGGCUGCCUAUGGAGCUGCUUUACUGGCAUUGAAGGGUGCCCAACAAUGUGUCCAGUGAGAGCAGAGUAGAGGUGCUAGGAGAAAGCCAACUUUGAGCAAUGAAUCUAAUCAACUUGUUUAUUCUGUCGAUACAAAAUAUAUGAUAAUGCAUCAAUAAAACACAAAAAUUGCAAACCUGAAAA